AUGACACAUACUCAUAUUCCCUCAUCCACCGACGAGAAGCGAAGGGUGCAACAUGCCAUAUUCAAGGCGUUCGCCGCUCAGAAGGGGGGGGAAGUCACCGAAGAAGAUAGACAGGAGGCACUUCGAAAGACUGAUGACACUCAAUUAUCGGUCAAAGCCCUGCUUGCCAAGGAUGACUCUGGCACAAAAAUUCACAGUCCACGCGACUACCAGACAGAGCUCUUCCAAAAAGCCAAAGAAGAAAACAUCAUAGCUGUGCUGGACACAGGCUCAGGGAAAACCCACAUAGCUACAAUGCUUUUGCGCCAUACCCUUGAUCAGGAAUUAGAACGUAGGGCGGCCGGCCUACCUCCCAAGACAGCCUUCUUCCUGGUAGAUUCUGUCAAUCUCGUGUUCCAGCAGGCAAAUGUCCUCAAAUGCGGGCUAGACCAGAACGUCGAGGGUAUAUGUGGUGCUAUGGGCGCAAUGCUCUGGCAAAAGUCGACAUGGGACAAGCUGUUCGCCGGAAACAUGGUCAUCGUAUGCACGGCGCAAGUGCUCUUAGAUUGCAUGAUGCACUCUUUUGUGAAAAUGAGCCAAACGAGUCUCCUGAUCUUCGACGAGGCGCAUCACGCGAAGAACAACCACCCAUAUGCAAGGAUUAUGAAAGACUAUUACGUUUGCGAGCCAGUACUUUCAAAACGGCCGAGAAUAUUCGGGAUGACAGCAUCCCCCGUAGAUGCCAAUACUGACAUUAAGGAAGCAAUCCAGAGUUUAGAGACACUGCUCUAUUGCAAGAUUGCAACCGCAUCCGACCUGACCCUUCUGCAAAACAACAUCACCAAACCCGUUGAGCAUGUGGGUCAAUAUUCUCAACUGGAAAAUUAUGUGGAAACACCAUUCUUCCAGGAGUUGAAAGCUCGUUAUGGGGACCUCAAGCCAUUUGGGAAACUGUUUAAUGAUUCAAAACUCUACGGCUCUGAGCUGGGUCGAUGGGCCUCCGAUAUCUAUUGGUCAUUCGCAUUUUCUGAAGAAGAGGCCAAGAAGACAGAGAUUCGACAAGAGCGUACCUUCAACAAGAAGAAUAAGACCACCAUCGCGGAACUGGAUAAAGAGAUCAGUCAACUCAGAGAAGCGGCUGAAUUCGUAGCUAAACAUGAUUUCGGUUCACCUUCGCUAUCUGUACCAGACCUCAGCUCGAAGGUCCUUUUGUUACACCAAGAUUGGCUCGAGCUUUACUAUGAGAGAACUGGUGAUGCUCGGUGUAUCGUCUUCGUCGAGAGGCGCUAUACCGCACGACUCCUCAAUCUUAUAUUCCAGCAAAUCAGCGGACCAAACCUGCACUGCGAUAUUCUCAUUGGAAACAAUUCAAGUAUUGGGGACCAACGAACUUCGCUGAGGACCCAGUUUCUCACUCUAGCUAAAUUUCGACGUGGAGAUACAAAUUGCCUCUUCGCUACGAAAGUUGCGGAAGAGGGCCUCGAUAUUCCUCAAUGCAACCUCGUAGUGCGGUUCGACUUAUACCGAACGAUGAUUUCUUAUGUCCAAUCUCGGGGCCGCGCGCGACACAGAAACUCAAAGUACCUACAUAUGGUAGAGGCUGGGAAUCCGAAUCAUGUCGCAUUGGUUCGCCGUGCCAAGCAAGCAGAACGUAUCAUGCGAGACUUCUGCAAUAGUCUGCCCAAGGAUCGUAUCAUUGACGAGGUUGAUGAUGAUAUGGAUCAGCUCUUUAUUGCUGACGAAAAAUUCCCUACCCAUAUCAUUCCAUCCUCAGGCGCCAAAUUAACUUUCAGAUCUAGUUUAUCUAUCCUUGCCCAUUUCGUAGCAAGCCUGCCCACUAACCAGAGCGAAGAGAUCUGUCUACAGCCGAAUUACGUGGUUGAUCGCCAGCCGGAUGGAUAUUUAUGUGAGGUUAUCCUUCCAGAAUGCUCUCCCUGCAUAUCGAUGCGGGGUGUACUCCAGCGAAAGAAAGCUGUUGCGAGGUGCUCAGCAGCUUAUGAGAUGUGUCUUGAAUUGCUUCGGAAGGGUUAUCUCAACGAUAACCUGUUACCGACAUACACAAAGCAAGUGUCAGCAAAGAACACAAUAACAGCAGUCGAUUCCAAGAAGAAGGACAUGUACAAAAUGCGAGUCAAACCUGAGUUCUGGGACCUUGGCUACGGGUCGGUUCCAGAGCUCUUGUACAUGACAGUAAUCGAUGUCAGCGCGGGACUGGAACGGCCACACCAACCUCUCGGACUACUCACCAGACAAACACUGCCUCAGUUUCCCGCAUUUCCGAUCUAUCUUACCAAUGGCAAGGCUAUUCAAGUGCUCUCUACACCAUUGCGAACACCUUUGGCCACCAAUGCAGAAACGACACAACUCUUCAACACAGUUACGUUACAGAUUUAUUUCCACAUAUUCGCGAAGAAGUUCGAGAAUGAUAUCUCCAAAAUGUCCUACUGGCUUGUUCCUCUUCAUACUAAUGCGUCUGCAUCUGCAUCCUCAUCUAAUCCGAGAGAUCUCAUUGACUGGGAACAAAUCACUGAGAUCAAUCAAAAUGAACGAUACCUCUGGACAUCUGAUAUGGCUCAUGAUUUCCUGAAAGACCGGUAUUUCGUCGAUCCGCAUGAUGGUGGACGACGUUUCUACUCAGUGGCCGUGCGCCCAGGUGCAAAAGCACUUGAUCCUGUACCUGACUUUGCGCCGUCCCACAAGUGGACAGAUAGCAUUCUUGACUAUUCGGUCAGUCUUUGGAGGAAGAAUCGGGCAGCACACAUGUCGCAAAUGGAUCUGUCACAGCCGGUAGUAGAAGUGGAGAAAAUCCCUUUCCGUCGAAACCUUCUUGCAACCGUAGAAGACGAUGAAGCAGAUGUGAAGACGAAAGCAACUGCUUACGUUUGCCCGCAGCCAAUGUUGAUAUCCACAUUAUCAACCAAAUUCGUGGCUAUGUGCUACAUCUUCCCCGCGAUCAUUCAUCGCUUUGAAGCUUAUCUAACCGCACUUGAUGCCUGCCACCUGCUAGGUCUUCGUGUUAGCCCGGCCCUUGCUCUAGAAGCCGUGACGAAGGAUUCUGACAUCACCGAUGAAGAAGGUGACGACACGCCUAACUUUAAGAGUGGCAUGGGGCCUAACUACGAAAGACUUGAGUUUAUGGGGGAUUGUUUCCUGAAGAUGGUGACGACAAUAUCAACAUUCGUCUUGGAGCCAUUUGAGAAUGAAGGAGACCUUCACGAACGCCGCAAACGUAUGCUUACCAACAGUAACCUUCUAAGGACAGCUUUAUAUUACAAGCUGUAUGAAUAUGUUCGCACAAUGGCAUUUUCACGGCGAACUUGGUAUCCGGAAGGGCUCAAGUUGAUCUGGGGCAAAGGCGCCAAUCGAAAUGGACCGCAAGAGAUCAAGCACGCUUUAGGUGACAAAUCAAUCGCCGAUGUUUGUGAGGCGCUCAUUGGUGCUGCCUUCAUAGAAGAUAAUAGGAAUGGCCAUUGGGAUUAUUCAAAGUGGAAUCAGGCCGUGCGAGCUGUCAAGCUGCUCGUCGAUAGCGAGGAUCAUCAGAUGGCGACUUUCUCCGACUACUACUCGGCAUACGUAAAGCCAAAGUAUCAGACAGCCGAAGCAACAGCAUCCCAGAUUGACCUUGCUGCAAAGGUUGAGAAGACAAACCCAUAUCAUUUCAUUCAUCCUCGGCUCCUUCGAUCUGCAUUCAUUCACCCUUCCCAAGCAUAUAUUUGGGAGAAGAUCCCGAAUUACCAGCGCCUUGAAUUCCUUGGGGACUCUCUCCUCGAUCAGGUAUUCAUCAUGGAUAUCUUUUACCGGUUCCCAGACAGAGGUCCACAGUGGCUUACCGAACACAAAAUGCCUAUGGUAUCGAACAUGUUUCUCGGUGCAGUCUGUGUUCAAUUGGGGUGGUAUAAGUAUAUUCGCCACAAUCAUUCUGGCCUUACAUACCAGAUCCAAGAGUAUGUCGAGGAGCUGCAUCGCGUGGAACAGGAGGCCCGUGGCAAAGAUGAUUACUGGUCUUAUUGGACCGUCGUCUCCAAUCCACCCAAGUGUCUCGCCGACAUCGUCGAAGCGUACGUUGGUGCAAUGUUCGUCGAUUCAGCCUUCGACUUCUCCGUCGUGCAGAAUUUCUACGACCUCCACCUCAAAAAGUACUUCACCAACAUGUCACUUUACGACGACUUCGCAGGUAACCAGCCGUUCAACCGGCUUGUCAGACUGUUCCAAGAGAACUUCGGCUGCAGCGAGAUGCUGGUCGGAAGUCGUGACAUAGAGAGUGGCACGCCUGGCAGCACGAGAAGGGUCAUUUGUAUGGUUCUCAUUCACUACAAUGUCUAUUUCGAUUCGCAGGGUGACAGCACGCGAUAUGCGAAACCUAGGGCAUGCAAGAAAGCAUUAGAGGCACUGGAGGGACUACCGCCUUUCGAGUUCCGCCAGAAAUAUGGGUGUGACUGUAAUGUCAAUCGGGAAAAUGACAUCACGAAUGGAAUGGGAGACUUGGAGAUAAACAAGGCCGACAAGAAUGGUGAAUAA